AUGGGAAAUGGUAAAUAUGGCAAAAUUGUGAUGGCUAAACAUUAAUUAGUAAAUGAAAAAGUCUGCAUCAAAAUAUUGGAGAAAAAGAAUCUCAAAUUUAGUCAAGAUUUCGAAAAUCUUGAAAACGAAAUUCAGAUACUCAGACAAGUUAAGCAUCCCAAUGUAAUCCACUUAUAUGAAAUUUUGGAAUCUACUUCAAAUAUUUACAUGAUUUUUGAAUAUGGCGAAGGAAAUGACUUGAAACAUAGAUUAAACUAAUCCGAAUCAUUAAUAUAUUUGUAGUAAAUAGCCAAAGGAGUUUCCUAUUUGCAUGAAAAUAACAUAAUUCAUUAUAAACUGAGAUUAGGGAAUAUCGUACUUUAAAAUGGAAGACCUAAGAUCAUUGAUUUUAGUGAAGCCAUCAAGAUUGAAAAACAAAAAGAUAAAGAUUAUUCUAUAAUUAAAUUACCAUAUUAAUCUCCAGAAAUGUUAAACUCACUCUAUUAUGAAUUUGAUGGUGAACAAUAUGAUAUCUGGUGUUUAGGAUUAAUUCUUUAUUAAAUGUUAUAAGGGCAAUUACCAUUUGAUAACACAACUAAUAAUAAUGAUUUAAAGAGUAAAAUUAAGAAAUCAAAAUUUUAAAUUAAUUAUCCUAUUUCUUAAUAAGUUUGUUCAUUAUUAGAAGCAAUGCUCAAUGCUGAUCCUAACAAAAGAAUUAAACUUAAUGAAUUAAAUAGUUACUUAGGAACAUAAAAUCUACAAUUUGAAGAUGAUUAUUUGAAAGUCCCCGUUGACAUACCGAUGCAUGUGAUAAUUUAAGAAUUGGAAAAUUACUAAUUAGAAACAGUUAAUUUAUUUCAAUUAUUAGAAUAGAAUAAACAUUGUACAUUAACUACAUGUUAUUAUUUAAUAAAAAAUAAAUUAAUGAAAUUGGCUAAACUAAAAAAAGUUAAGUUAAAUUUAAUGAAUUUUGAAAAUAGUAAAUUUAAUUUUAUGACAAACUUAAGAAACAGUAUAUAAUUCGCAACUAAAAAGUGUAGAAUUUAUUAGAAUGCCACUAGAGUUCAUACUGAAAAUAAUAAAAAUAGAUCUGAAAGCUUCUCUUAAAAUGUAUAUCAAUAUAAGUCUUUGAGUCGAACAAAUAAUAGGAAAGUUUCAAUAGUGAAAUAGACUGAGUAAAGUCCAAAAUAAUUAUAAACUUAAAAUUCUUUCUUUCCUUCUUAAAAUUCUCCUAUUAUUGAUUAAUAUAAUAACAAUAUUCACAAAGGUAGUUACAAUCAAAAUUUAAAUAAAUAGGAAAUAAUUAACGAUAAUUAUUCUAUGUACUAAGAUAAACAACAACAAAGAAUAAGAAAUGUCUUGUUUCCUAAUAAAAAUUUUAUAAUAUAAGAUAAAAAUAAAAAAAGAAGAUCAACCUCAUAAAAAAUUUGA